GGCACGGAAUGAGUCACAUAACCUCUUACCGUAAUAUUAUUAUUUAUUUUUAUUAGCCUAGUCUACAGUCAGGAUUUUAUCUUAUGCUCCUUUUUGUACUGACAAAUAGCAUAUUAUGCAAACUUAUUAAGUUUGAUCGAUGGCAACGAUGUAUAAGUUAAGAUGUUUUCUUAAUGUGAAUGUCAGCAUUGUAUUCGCUUAGGCCAUUUUCUUUUUUAAUGCAGCCAAAAACGUACUUAGUGAUUGAGUUGGGAUUUAUUUAUUUACAUUUGCCCCAGUAGAUAACCUUGUGAUACUUCUUUGAAAUGUCUCACAAUCCGGCUGUCCCAUAUCUUGGUUAUAUUGGCAGCUGCUUAGUUCCAGGGCAUACAAUUCGUCUACAAGGCACAGUUCAUCCAACUGCCCAGAGGUUUGCGAUAAACCUUCAAUGUGGCCCAAAUGUCAACCCGAGAGAUGAUGUAGCCCUUCACUUGAGUCCUGACUUCAACAGAAGCUGUGUCAUUAGAAACAACAUUCUUCACAUGAACUGGGGUCCCGAGGAAUCCUAUGGCCAUUUUCCAUUUAUGAGGGGACAACCCUUUGACAUCCUGGUUCUGUGUGAAACUCGUUGUUACAAGAUUGCUGUAAACGGACAGCAUUUUACAGAAUUUGAGCAUCGCACACCUUGCAAUCGAGUGACACAUUUGACAGUUGAUGGUGAUGUCAGUCUAGUGUCAAUUGAAUAUGGCAGCGGUUUAGUUGGAAGCCACAUAAACAUGCCAAUGCCUGGAGCAAUGCCAAUACCUGGUGUUAUGCCUAUGCCUGGAGCCAUGCCUGCACCGGGCUACGGUAUGCCUGUAUCUGGUCACAUUUCUCCUUCUGGCUAUGGAUAUCCAAAAUCACCUUCACCUGGACAUUAUCCUCCAAACCCAGCGUCAUAUCCUGCUAGUUAUCCUACCCAGUAUCCUUCUCAGACAUCUUUGUAUCCGGGCCAGCACCCGGGUAUUAACAACAACUUCCCUGCUUACAAAAAACCUUCAGUGUUACAACAAGCUGGGAUGGCUGUUGCUGGCACUGCGAUUGGGCACAAAUUGUUGGGCAAAAGUGGUGUUGUUGGACCAGCAGUAGCAGGAGGUCUAGCUGGAGCUGCUCUCACUGGUCAUCUCAGUCCUAAAAAAGCGUUGAAGAAGCAGAAGAAGGCCCACAAAAAGGCCUUGAAGUAUGGUAUUCCCUUGGCUGGGGUGGGGCUCGGAGCGUAUGCUCUACACAAGAUGGGUCAUCACCACCAUCAUCACGGUCACAGCUCUUCUAGCAGCUCGUCCUCCAGCAGCUCCUCCUCCAGUAGUGAAGAAGAGUAGCCUGGCAUAACACCAUACUCUUGUUGCAUUAUAUUUAUUUUAUGUUAUCCACUGUACAUGUUGUAAACAAUUUCCUUCAAUAAGUCUUUUGAAGUAUAUUCAA